AUGUCGGGACAAGCUGCAGAAGAUGAAAUAUCGUCGCCCACUACGAAUGCGGUUGAGGAGAAGCCCGUAUCUCCUCUGGUUGAGCCACAAUGCCCUGAUGGAGGACUUCAAGCCUGGUUGCAGGUGCUCGGCAGCUGGAUGAUGAUCUUCAAUACUUGGGGAAUCCUCAACACCUUCGGAGACUAUCAAACGUACUACGAGUCCGGAAGAAUCUUCCAUGCCUCUUCUUCAGACAUCUCCUGGAUACGCUCCAUUCAAAGUUUCAUGGUAUUUGCGACGGGUGCAUUGAUUGGGCCAAUCUAUGACCGCGGCCAUCUUCGAUUGCUCCUUAUCAUGGGUGUAUUCGGAGUAGUGUUUGGGCAUAUGAUGCUGUCACUCUGUCACACUUUCUGGGAGGCGCUCCUGGCUCAGGGCUUUGUGGUUGGCAUUGGUGGUGGAUGUCUUUUCGUCCCAUCACUGGCAAUACUGUCACCAUACUUCAACACCCGUCUUGGACUGGCCAUAGGACUUGCAGCAUCGGGGUCGUCGAUCGGAGGGAUAAUCUAUCCGGUCAUGUUUGCGAAAUUGAUCGAUCAAGUUGGCUUUGGCUGGACGACGAGAAUUAUCGGUUUUGCCGCUCUGGCGACACUGCUGGUUCCGAUCUGUGUGUCGAGGAUGCUCACAAAACCGGGCAGAGUUCGAAAGCUACUCGAUAUGACUGCUUUCACGGACGGACCAUUUAUGUUGUGUGUUUUUGGAUGCUUCUUUGGGUUUGCCGGCAUUUACGUUGCGUUCUUCUACGUCCCCUUCUUCGCCUCAUCGUCCGGAUUCUGGAGCGCUAGCAAGUCGUUGUAUCUGGUGUGCAUUCUCAAUACGGGAUCAUUCUUUGGGAGGACCCUGCCGAAUUGGCUUCUUCUCUGGAGUGGAUUGCAGAAUUUGGGGUUGGCGACAAACGUAACUUGCUCAUCAUAG